AUGUCGUUAUUUGAUGACAUUUGGGGAGAGCGGCAGUUCUAUGAUCUGCUAGAAGCAAACGACGACGAUGAAACCCUUAACCUGCUAAGAGAAAGUCCCCUUGUUCUCAAAAAAGACAACAUUGACGAAGAUAAGGAUACCGCCAUAAUAUACGGCGAAGACCAGCCCUUUGAGAACAUGUAUUCCUCAUAUGCAGGGGCAAGAGGAGAUCAAGAACCAGAAAUUCAGUCGAUGAUGCCAAUUGGCACAAAGUUCGAGGAGAGUGUCGGGAAUAUUCAAAGUUCUACAACAUCACUAUCCUUGGUUCAAGAUCCCACUACUGAUUCUCCUGGCACGUCAUCACAAUUUUAUCAAAAUCAUUCCACCUUUGCAACGACAUCGCCCUCUUCCAACACAAUCUCCAAUAUCGAAAGACCACCAGCUGUGCUUGAACGAUCUUUUUCUUUGUCAACCUCCUUCUUGUCAGAUAAAGAUAACAGACAUGAAAACAAGCACAGGGAGGACUUGUCUCAUUCCAUGAUGGCAUCAAGACCUUCCAGUCGUCGCAGAGAGAAGAAUAGCAUCGACAUCAUAAUUGAAGAGCACAACAAGAAGCAUGCUGGAAAGUUAGGAGUUACAAAAGCAAAUUCAAAACAACUAUCUCCUAAGGUCAUUCAAAAGAAGCCAAUCAAACGAAAGGGCCAUAAAUAUUCUGGCAGUCUGGAAAGAUUCAAGGUAGAAUGUGAAUCUCAGCACAGUGGAUCAGGCUUAUCCGAAAUCUAUCAGGAAUAUCAGUUGAAUCAUGAUGAAACAACUCAGACCUGGAUGUUUGAAGAGGCAGAUUCUUUCCAGCAAGUGGGCCAAGCACAAGAAGUGCCGCAGAGUGUAGACUUUUUCCAGCACAUGGACCAAAUGGGACAGAUACCCCCAAACUCGACGUCUUUCCAGCACAUGGGCCAGGGAAUGAUUGCACCGUUGACGCAUGAAGUGCAACAGUUUAAUAACCAUUGUCAAUCCCUUCCAUUACCUCAACGCAUUGAUACCCAACAACCAAGUUAUUCUUUCCAGCAAAUGGGCCAUUCGUUUUCUGAUUGGGGCUCAUAUCCCUUCAAUUAUGUAUCAGCUCUUGAUGAACCACACUCGCCGUUAUUCCCAGAGAGAAACUUAUGGGAACCUAGAGCAACUGAUACUCUAUCUAAUCAGUCGCAUGAUCAAUUUCAAAUGCCUGCCGUCCAAACGCAGGGUUUUGAUACUCAGCAGUACACAACUGUGAGAAAUGAAAACUGUACCGCCGCAUCCCCUUCUUCCUUGCAUGAAUUUUUCGGGUCCGAAAGAGGAAGUGGCCAAUCCUCUGAGUCAUCAACCAGCCCUUCGUUCUCUCCUUGUCAACUACAAACCGAUUACACACAUAGGUCAGAAACUAUGCAGGAAUGGAACCGAUAG